AUGGUUUAUUUAAACGAUUACGCAGACCAAAGCGAUGCAUAUUUCACACCAACAUCAGAAACAUUAGAGCAAAUGCUUGAUAUAAAUAUCAAUAAUAUUGGUACUACUUUAACUGAUUUGAAUUCAUGGAAUCUUUACAAUUCAAAUCCUCUACAAAGAUCAACAACAGAUUUUGAUGAAGUUUUCAUGACUCAAUUUCAAAAUGUCUGUGGUAAUAAUAAUGAUUUGGAACUCUAUGCCUCAAAUGCUGAACGUGUAAUUGAUACAAUGGAUAAUUCAUACGUUGAAGCUCUAUUAAAUGAUUGUCAAUAUGAAAGAAUUCACAUUAUUUCUCAACCAAAAGCAUUUUAUCGUGGACGAUAUCCUAGUGAAAUUGAUAAACUUAAAAAUCGAGCUAAACGUUUUAUCCGUGCUGAGAACAAUGGUAACAGACAUGAAUAUCCAACUGUUCAGAUUCCAUCACAAUGGUAUCAUUCAAAUCAACAAUUAUAUAUUCGAGUUACAUUAGUAACUGUAACUAGUGACAGAAUACCUUAUCAUUGUAUUCAUCCUUAUGAAAUUGAUACACCAGAAGAUAAUGUCAUUCAAAAUUUGGAGAAUAAUUCACUUUAUUUUCGUAUUAACGAAAAUGAAUUUAUUAAAGGUAAAAAAAGUUUUCUUAUUAUUGUAAAAAAACAAAAACAAGAUGAUUUGAAAUCAUACGGACCAAUGCGUUUGCUUGAUUAUGAACAAGAUGAAACUCUAAGCAUUGAAACUCCACAAGAAGUUAAACAAAAAAUAUUACUAUAUCAAUUGUGGAAAUCUCAACUUGUUUUCACACUAGCUAAACAACAAGAUAACAAUAUUUUUCCUGUUCCAAUACUUCAUACGUUGGCCAAAUCUCAAAUUAUGGUUGAUGGAUUACCUUUUGGACGAGACUUAUCUAUGAAUCUUUCAAAUGGUAAACCAAAUAAUCCAAUUAAAUGUAUACCACAAAAAGGAGAUUGGCAAGGUGAUGAUGAAGUGUUAAUUAUUAUGUCUAAGCCAAUCAAAGGAAAAAAGUAUACAAUUUGUUUCGAUUUUGGUCUAUUUGGAGAACAAAUUGUUAAUGAAAUAACACAUAUUGAUACAAAAACAAUUUUAUUUCGAACACCACCAUGUCCAAUAUUACCAGGAGAUAAAAAUUUUCAAGUAUCAGUUAUUAUUAAAGAAAAUAAUUUACUCUUAUCUUCAAUUGAUUUUUAUUAUGUGACACCAAUGAAACCAACAAUCAAUCUAUGUAGACGUUGUCAAAGUAAUAUAAAUGAUAAUCGUAGAAGUAAUAAAAGAAUAUGUGAAUAUAAUGAAUAUAUUGAAACUGAUAGUGGAGAAAGUCUUAUUUCACAUAUGAAACAAUUAUCAAUAGAACAGAAACCUAUUCAAUCUCAUAUUCCAAUUUCAUCAAAUGAAAAAGAUACAAAAUUUGAUAAAUAUCUUAAUCAAUUAAAAGUUGCUUUAGAAAAAUUUGUUCGUACAAAUGAUCCUUCUCAAUUAUUUCGUCGAACACGUAUUUUGUUAUCUAAAUGUGAUGAAAAUUCACUUCCAUUGAAUGAUGCUAUUCAACGUGGACAUAUAGAAAUAGCAUUAUCACUUAUUGAACAAGUUCUUGAUAUGAAUUCAUCACAAGGAUUAUUAGAAAAAGAAAAUGAAAAUGGUGAAACACCAUUAUUAAUUGCAGCUAAAUGUAAUCAAUGGAAAUUAAUUGAAGUUAUUCUUAAAAAUCGAUCUGAUCUUGUUGAACAGAAAGAUAAAAAUGAUAAUAAUUUAUUACAUUUACUUGCAAAUUUGAAUGAAGAUGGAGGUGCAGAAACCAUUGGAAAUAUUUUCAAAAUUUUAUCCAAUGACACAAAACAAAUUCUGUUGGUUGGAAAGAAUAAACUUUCUCAAACACCAUUGGAGAUUGCACAAUCUCAUGGCAAUCCCUUUUCUUGUGAGCUUUUAAUCGAGAAUGAAAAAUAA